AAAUUUGUUUUAUGAUCAUUUGUUCACUAAGUGAAAUGACAAUUACUGACUAAGAACUACAGAAAAUAUACAGAUUGUCUUAUCAGUGCCCUGAUAAAACUUAUAAAAACAAGAUCAGCAUUUGCUGAUUUUCACUCUGCUAAACAGCCUCUCAAGAUGAAGUCAGAACUUCUGCUGGUGUUGGCCUUGUUUCUCUGUGUGAGCAGUAAACCCCUGUCCAAAAGGAGGAUGUCUAAUAAGCUGCUGCUGAUCUCCUUUGAUGGUUUCAGGUGGGAUUAUGACCAAGAUGUGGACACACCAAAUCUAGACAAACUAGUUAAAGAGGGAGUGAAGGCAAAAUAUAUCAAUCCCCCAGCGAUCACCAUGACAUCGCCAUCACACUUUACAGCUAUUACAGGGAGAUGGAUAGAGGAUCAUGGUGUUGUCCAUAACCUGAUGUUUAAUGUUACAACUGGCUUGAGACUCACCCACAAGGCAACUUUGAAAAGAUCAGAAUGGUGGGAUAAUGGUCCUUUGCCCCUGUGGAUAACAGCCCAGAAUCAGGGUCUGAAAACGGCGUCUUUUUUCUAUCCUGGAGGAGGAGUAAAUUACAGUGGCCAAGCUGUGGAUCGUUCCGUGGUGGGAUAUCAAGGGCAACCUGAUGACAAUGAGACAGAGUGGCGGCAGAACAUCGACACUGUGAUGGGAUGGUUCACCAAAGAGGACUUUGACUUUGUUACGCUUUAUUAUGGAGAACCAGACAAUGUGGGUCAUGCUUUUGGCCCCGAAACCCCAGAGAGAAAAAAGAUCAUUGAACAGAUUGAUCGCACUAUUGGCUACCUCAGGGAGGCAAUUCACAAAAGUGGUCUGACUGAUCAUCUUAACGUCAUCCUGACCUCAGACCAUGGCAUGACCACUGUUAAAAUGGACAGUGAUGUUGAGGAGAUAAAACUUAGCAAAUACAUGAGUUUAUUAAAUCUAAGCCGCUUUGACCUGCUCGACUACGGUGGGUUUGGGAUGAUCACUCCUAAGGAGGGCAGACAACAGGAAGUUUAUGAUGCCCUGAAGAACGCACAUCCCAAUCUGACAGUCUAUAAGAAAGAAGAGAUUCCAGAACACUUUCACAUUCGCAAACAUGAGAGAAUUCAACCGAUUGUACUUCUGGCUGACCUGGGGUUCAAUAUCAACUCUAAGAUCAUUUUGCAUAUCAACAAAGGAGAUCAUGGAUACAGUAAUGAGGAAAUGGAUAUGAAAAUGAUCUUUCGAGCCUUUGGGCCAGACUUUAGGGACAAUUUCUUGGCUGAGCCAUUUGAUAGCGUCAGCAUCUAUCCGUUGAUGUGUAAGCUGUUGGGUGUAGUUCCAGAAGCAAACAAUGGAAGUCUCAGUGACACCAAAGACAUGCUAGUGGAUCACGUUGAAGCUGGUGGGAGCAGUGGAAGAAUCAAGAUGUCUUUUAUGCUUCUGGUACUAAUGAUUAUUAUUUUAAGCUUGAUUUAAAGAGAUUUGCCAAAAAUACUAGUUCAUUGCAACCAGCAAACCCAGAAUACAUUUAAACUACUAUAAUCACAAAUC